AUGGAGGAGGUGGAGUCGCGCUUCCUGCACCUCCUGCAGCCCAUCCGCGACCUCACCAAGAACUGGGAGGUGGAUGUGGCCGCCCAGCUCGGGGAGUACCUGGAGGAGCUGGAUCAAAUCUGUAUUUCCUUUGACAACGGGAAAACCACCAUGAACUUCAUAGAAGCGGCCCUGUUGAUCCAGGGCUCUGCCUGCAUCUACAGCAGGAAGGUGGAGUAUCUCUACUCGCUGGUCUACCAGACGCUCGACUUCAUCUCCAAUAAAAAGCGGGAAAAACAGCCCAGCUCCGUGGGGCAGGACGGCAAAGAUGCUGAUGCGACCUUUGGGGAGGAGGAGGAGGAGGAGUUCCUUUCCCUGGACGACAUCAGGGACAGCAGCCAGGAGAACGUGGACAUGAAGAAGGAUCACCAGCCCAACGCUGUGAACAUUGUUCCCUUGACUCCGAUGUCUUUGGUCCCCCCGGAAGAGGCUGAGAAGAGAGACAACCCUCUGUUCAGCCGGAAAGGGGAGAUCCUCGCCAGCCGGAAGGAUUUCCGGAUGAACACGUGCACCCCUCACGCCACUGGAGCCUUCCUGCUGGAGCUGGCGGGCCUCUCCCCCACCUGCCUGCAGGAGCGGCAGCGCGUAGGGAGCCCCGGCAGAGCGGCAGGUACGGGGGGAGCGCUGUCCUGCGUCCUCGGCAGCGGGAGGGAGCACAUUGGCGCCGGCAGGGCUCCCAUCCAGGCGCUGAGCUUCUCUGAAGACGGAGGUGCCGCAGGAGCAGAUGAUGAUGACAGCAGAGGGGACGACGUGCCCGGAGCACCAGAGGACACUGUGGAAAUGGCUCCGGCUGCUAACGAACGCGUCGAGGCGCAGAGGAGCGCGCCCCGGGCAAAGGGGUACGUGCUGCGGGAGCCAGCCCCUGCCGAGGACCCCAAGGCCCACAUCAAGGAGAUGCUGGAUCCAUGGCAAAGCCUCGACCCCUUCGGUGACUCCGAGGACAAGCCGUUCAAGAAAGGGAGGCCCUUCCUGGUGCCGCACGGCCUGGACGACAUGGUCGGUGGCAAGCGGAAGAGGAAGGGACCGAGGAAGCUCCAGGACUUCAUGGCGUGGUUCUCUGCAGCCUACAACAACGUUGCUGAUGGCAGGAAAACCAGGAGGAAAGGGCCGACGUUCGCAGAUCUGGAGGUGCUGUACUGGAAGCAGCUGAAGGAGCGGCUGGCGGCGCAGAGGAAGCUGCAGAGCCGGGCGGGGCCGCUGUGGACGCUGCCGCCGCCGUGCGAGGAGGAGCUGGACCUGCUGGAGGAGGAACGAGGGGCCGACUGCCACGAAGGAGCCGGCAACGACUUUGCGGAGCACGAGGACAUCCAGCCCGAGGGCCUGGAGGAGCUGGGGGAAGAAGCCCUGGGCCCCGGUGACCUGGGCUCGCUGGGCUACGAGGAGCUGGUGCGCAGGAACGUGGAGCUGUUCAUCGCCAACUCCCAGAAGUACGCGCAGGCGACGGCGGUG